GGAAAGGAGUGAGCAUACGACUGGGGUCGUGCUGGAACCAGACUCGGCUUGAGAAAUGGGCUUGCUCUCCGAGUUCUGACUUUGACCAGGCCCGUUAAACCCCGCAUCGCAUCCUACAAAUCCCCAGGCGUGGGAUGACGAACAACGACAAAUCAUUAUCUCGCAGCCGAGGAUGCGAUGGAUCGACAUACACCAGCUAUUCAGCAUAUAAGCAACCGAUGAAUACCAGCAUCCCCGCCAUCUCGAGAACUACAAAUCACCUCUCCAGCCUACAGUUUCUACCAGAUACCGACUGAACAAUGGCCUCGCGCACCAAACCCGUCGCCCUCAUCAUCGGCGCAUCAAGAGGUAUAGGCCGACAAAUCGCCAUCGACCUCGCGAAGAACAACUACACCGUAAUCAUCGCCGCCAAAUCGACCACCACCACCAAAGAAACAAAUCAAACCCCAAUAGACCCCAACUCCCCAACCUCAACAAUCACAACCGUAGCCCACGAAAUCAACACCACCCACGGACCCAACACCGCCCUCCCGAUCCCCGUCGACGUGCGCUCCGCAGCCCAGAUCGAUAACCUAAUCGCGCAGACCCUGGCGAUGACGAACGGCCGCCUGGACGUGGUCGUGUACAACGCCGGCGCGAUCUGGUGGUCGUCUGUCCGGAACACCCCGCUCAAGCGGUUCCGGUUGCUGCAGCAGGUGAAUCCCGAGGGGUUGUAUGCGACGCUGCAGGCGGUGUUGCCCGUGUUUGAGCGGAAUGGGGACCGGGGGAGGAUUGUUGUUGUUUCGCCGCCGGUUUAUUCGCGGUUUUUUAGGGGGAAGGUUGGGUAUGCGGUUGGGAAGGUGGGGAUGAGUGUGCUCACCAAGGGGUUGGCGAUGGAUUUUGUGCGCGAGGGGAAGACCGAGAUGGCGAUUACUAGUGUUUGGCCGGCUGCGGCCAUUCAGUCCGCAGCAACAGAGAUGAACCCCGCGGCUAACGAUGCAUCACGCUCGAAAGCGGAUUUGCGGAAACCGACAAUCUUCUCCGAUGCGAUUCUGGGCAUCCUGAACACCCCGCCCCACAUCGUCAACGGUAUGCUGGCGCUCGAUGAGGACUUCCUGCGUGAUUACUGCGGCGUUACCGAUUUCUCCGGGUACGCUGUCGUGCCUGGCACCAAUCCCAGGCGGAUGAUGCCGAAGACGUUGCCCGUGCUGGAGGUGGAGGAGCAGGAUGAUGAGGGGGUGAGGAUGGAUAGUGCGAAGAGGGGAGGGUCGAAAUUGUGAUGUCUCGAUCUGGC